GCCUAGCCCACUGCUUUCUCCCAUGCACUGUCUUCUUCACUCCCAACACCACUACUUGUGUAAUUGUGCUCUCUCUCUUCUCUCCCUCUUUCCUCCUCUGUUUCUUCAUCUUCUGCUCUCAUUUUUCUUCAUCUACAGCGCUUUCCAUUUCUCCAUAUAUAACUUGUACCUGACACUCUCUUCUUAUAAGUUCUCUCGCUUCUACCAUUCCCCAUUUCCCUCUUAACUUAACUGCAUCUCUGACAAGGUCGAUCUCUCCCCUGCAUUUGUGCUUUUGGGUUCUCUUCAAUUCAUCUUAACUGAACUGGGUUUCUGACAGCAAGCUCUACAAUACUUCUCAGUCUUAAAGAUGUCUAGCAGAAGGUCGCGUUCAAGACAGUCAGGAGGAGGUUCGAGGAUCACAGAUGAUCAGAUCAACGAUCUUGUUUCCAAGUUACAGCAACUUCUACCAGAGCUUCGUGAGAGGCCCUCAGACAAGGUAUCAGCAUCUAAGGUGCUACAAGAGACGUGCAACUACAUUAGGAACUUACACAGAGAGGUGGACGACCUCAGCGAGCGACUAUCUGAGCUAUUGGCCAACACAGACUCCAGUAGUGCCCAAGCAGCCAUUAUUAGGAGCUUACUUAUGUAAUAGAGAGAUCACUUAAUUAGAAUCCCCUAGAUCCCCUCUGGUCUUUCUUGUUCUUACUUCUACUUUUGUUUGUGCUUCUUCCUUUCUUUCUUUCUUUCUUUCUUUCUUGUAGGUUUUGGUCUGUGGACCAAACUUAAUGGUUGGAUUGAUUCCAAGGCAUCAUCAUCCUUUUGCAAAGGACGAGCUACUACUGUAGUAAUUUAUAUCAUAUAAUAAACACAGACUACUUGCACUGACAAA